AUGGCCUGCUUUGCCUUCUACCUACUCAGUCUCCUCUGGGCCACAGCUGGGACCAGUACCCAGACCCGAAGUUCAUGCUCUGUUCCCUCAGCACAGCAGCCCUUUGUGGAUGGCAUACAAGUGCUCAUGGAGAACUCGGUGACCGCAUCAUCCUACCCAAACCCCAGCAUCCUGAUUGCCAUGAACCUGGCCGGCGCCUACAACGUGGAGGCCCAGGAGCUCUUGACUCACAAGCUCAUGGCCAGCGACACUGCUGAUCUCACCAUCGGCCAGCUCGCCCUCACCAUUAUGGCCCUCACCUCCUCCUGCCAAGACCCUGAGAAUGAAGUGUUGAGUCUGCAAAGCCAAAUGGAGAAUUGGGCACCUUCAAGCUCCAAUGCUGAAGCAACAGCCUUCUAUGGGCCCAGUCUGGCAAUCUUGGCACUGUGCCAGAAGAACCCCGAGGCCACCUUAACAACAGCAGUCCGCUUUGCCAAGACCCUGCUGGCCAAUUCCUCUCCCUUCAACGUGGACACGGGAGCAGUGGCGACCUUGGCUCUGACCUGUAUGUACAACAAGAUCUCUGUAGGUUCAGGGGAAAGUUACAGAGCUCUGUUUGGUCAGGUACUAAAGGAUAUUGUGGAGAAUAUCAGCAUGAGGAUCAAAGACAACGGCAUCAUUGGAGACAUCUACAGUACUGGCCUUGCCAUACAGGCUCUCUCCGUGACACCUGAGCAACCUGACAAGGAGUGGGACUGUCAGGAGACUAUGGAUACAAUACUGUAUGAGAUUGAGCAGGGGAAAUUCAAAAACCCCAUGUCCAUUGCCCAAAUCCUCCCUUCCCUGAAAGGCAAGACAUACCUAGAUGUGCCCCAGGUGACUUGUAGCACUGAUCAUGUGGUGCAACCAACUCUACCUAACCAUCCCAGCCCCGUCCCCACCUCAGCAACCAACAUCACUGUCACAUACACCAUAAAUAACCAGCUGAGGGGGGUAGAGCUGCUGUUCAAUGUGACCAUCGAUGUUAGUGUGAAAAGUGGAUCAGUACUACUUGUGGUCCUAGAAGAAGCAGAGCGCAAAAAUCCCAUGUUCAAAUUUGAAACUACAAUGACAUCUUGGGGCCCUGUUGUCUCUUCUAUCAACAAUAUUGCUGAAAAUGUUAAUCACAAGACAUACUGGGAGUUCCUUAGUGGCAAAACACCUUUGAAUGAAGGGGUGGCCGACUACAUACCCUUCGACCAUGAGCACAUCACAGCCAAUUUCACACAGUACUAA